GCAAAUAUAUUACCUUAGCAUAGCAAAUGUGUGGCGCACUAAGAUUAUUAUCUGAUGGGAUAGUCCGUAUUUACACUCUUGAUACAGGAAAAUACCUUGCAGCAACGUUUUCUUCGAACAAAUCAAGACGAAUAAUGCCAUGGCUUUUACGCCAAAGUGCUGCCAAAUAAUAGCCUGGUUUUCUGCAUAUUGCCAAAUGCCAAUAAUAAAACAAGCACGGAUACCUCAUCUUCGCCGAAGAUAACCUCAAUACUGUUUCCUGCAAUUACUAUUUGAUCCACGAAACUGCACUUCAGAAUGCAAAUAAAAUUGGAUUUGAUCCAAAACUGAAUAUUUCUUAUAGACACAAGAAUCAGUAGUUAUCAAAAUCUCGUUAUUUAUAGCUUUCCAAUGAUUCCUUUUUGGGUAGGUGUAUUGGUGGUAGUAAGGAGUCAGUGAUAAAUAAAGCUUUCAUUCGAGAAGCUCCAUAGGCCCUCUAAGGCCAUAUUAUUUUGCGCCGGCUCCACUGAACCAUGAUACGAUCCCGACAGUUGUAAUUUCACGUCUGGGAUGUUCCUUUUCUCUUUUUGUUUGUAAUGUAAAUUUUCCUCAUUCUGUUGAGAUCUCCGUCGGAAUCUCCCAUUGUAUCGAUGCAAUGUCAGAUAACAAGAGAUUUAAUAAAGACGACUGCUUGCCACUUAUAACCGUGAAGAAUUCCAAUUCGUUUGUUUCACGGCGAGUUACAUACAUGAUUACAAAUGAGGUUUAUACGAUUUCGAUCUGUAUUUGCUUUUAGAAAUGUGAAAUGCUGUUUUAAAUUUUAAAAGAUAUCUUCCUCGACUAACUGGAUAUUAAAAAUAGUAACAAAGUACAAAGUAAAGUAAAUGUAACCACGCUAAUAUGUCAUGCAAAAUUAUCUUAAAAUCCCUAAAUGUUUUAUUACUAAUACACUUUAUUUUACCAGAUCAAAACGUCACAAAACUAUUUAACGAGUUCAAAUUGAAAUACAAAAGAUUCUAUUAUGGAGCCAAACACGAAAAGAAUGCAUUCAAUAAUUUUGUUAAUAAUUUUAAUAAUCUAAAUGAUUUCAUUGCUAAACAACCUAAUCAAAGCGUAGUUUACAAGCUCAAUAAAUAUGCGGAUCAGGACCCGGAAGAAGUUGAUGAAUAUUAUGGAAUAAAAAUCAAACCAUAUUCUGAAGUACCCAAAAACGCAACUGCGAGGACCGAUAGUGAUGACUUACCGUUUUUGGAGGACAUGCACCUAUACAAUCUGAACGAAGUAAAUAAUCUCUAUCAGAAAUGGAUGAAAAGUAUGGGGAAGCCAAAUUAUACGAAAAAAUUGGAACGUGAAGUCCAUUAUUACAGAUUUGUUAAAACCGUUGUGGAAAUUAACAGGCAAAAGGCUGAAGGGAAGAAAGUGGAACUCGAUGGAACUGCUGACAUAGUACAACAUCCUGACGAUUAUUUUUAUGGAUAAAAUUGAUUAAAAUGUUCUAUGUCGUUUUAUUAAA